AGCGAAGUUCCUCUUAAAUCAUCGUAUUUGGUCUAACGGGAUCAGAAGCGCUCUCUUUAAGUUCGAUUGUCUCACUACGAAGGCGCUGAUUUUAUGGAGAACAUGCAGUGGAUCUUUCAGAUCAUCAUCGUGUCCGGUUUUGUGAUAUUUUGUGGGGGAGAAUUUAUUCCUUUUAAACAUUUGGGACUUCAUCAUACUGAUCCGGAUGUCUUGAGAAAUGUGACUCAAAUAAUUGCCAGCAGAGGAUACCCCGUCGAAGAGCAUCACGUGACGACAGAAGAUGGCUUUAUUCUUGCCUUGCAAAGGAUUCCUCGCGGAAGGAACGAAAAGGAAAGCUCUUCUCGCAAAGAGGUAGUAUUCUUACAGCAUGGCCUUCUUGCAGACGCGACGAACUGGAUCAUAGAUACUCCAACCAGAAGCUUAGGCUACAUGCUCGCGGACAGCGGCUACGACGUGUGGCUUGGAAACAUCCGAGGAAAUGAUUAUUCAAGGCGUCACGUGAAGUACUCUCCACAUCAAUCAAAAUUCUGGAAUUGGAGUUGGCAAGAAAUGGCUAAGUACGAUCUUCCCGCCAUGAUCAAUUAUGUACUGAAAGUCACGGGUGAAGAGCAGCUGUAUUAUGUCGGCCAUUCGCAAGGGACACUGAUUGGUUUUACAGGAUUCUCUGAAAAUCCAGCUCUGGGAGAAAAAAUCAAGAUAUUCUUCGCUUUAGCACCUGUCUAUACUUUGAAUCAUUGUACAGACAUUGCAAAAGGCGCAGCAAAGCUCAUAUAUCCACUUGUCAAGAAAUUGUUUCCUGGUAUGACCUUUGAUCUUCUUCCCGGAAACUUCUUGAGAGCUCUGGUCAAUCUGGGUUUCUGCGCAAAUCCUAUCUCUGAGCGAGUUUGCUAUGAUUUCAUGGAGUUGACGAUUGGUAUGGAUAGCGAAAAUAUCAAUAAGUCGAGAGUACCUGUGUACCUGGGUCACUUUGCAGAGGGGACAUCUUUCAAGGACGUUGUACAUUUCGCACAGUUGAUUGUGAACAAAAAGUGUCAGAAGUUUGAUUACGGCGAAGCUGGGAACAUGAAACACUACAAUCAGGCCACCGCUCCUCUCUAUAACGUGAAAGACAUGACUACCCCAACUGUGCUGUUUGUAGGGGCCCACGAUGUUCUCGGUGACCCAGCGGAUGCGGCAGCACUUAAGCCGCAAAUCUCUAACUUAAUACACUAUGAAGUUAUUCCCGGCUGGAAUCACUUGGACUUUCUAUACGGGAUAGACGCAGCAAAAAUUUUGUAUCCCAAGAUUUUGUACACUAUGGAGAAGUUUGAAUAGGGCUCUAAAUCUGUGCACCUCGUAACAUUAAUAUCUGGCCCUCGGUUGAUCGGAAUUUACACUCCAGAUUCAUUCCAAGUUAUUCAACGGAUAUUCAAGCGAAAGAUGGUUUAAACAUUUUUGUAAAAAGCAAUUUACCACUGCAUGUCGAACACGGCAAUGUGUGCAAUCGCUCUCUAGCUAAUGUUUAAUAGUUAAUUUAAAAAAUGGUUAUAAAGUUAAAGGAUUGCAUUUGGUGUAGGGCAUCCAUUAGUGCAUUGAUUAAAGGUCAUGGUCUUGACGUUAAAAUGAA